ACGUGUUUUAAGUGAUACAUUUUACUUCUACAUGCAUUCUGUAUAGUACUUACAUUCAAGUAAUUUGUGUUUGUAAAUAUAUAAAUAAGUUUAUUUAAUAUAAUCUGUAAUUUCAUUAGAAAUAUGGCUAGUAAAUUUGAAAUGUCAAAAACUGUGAGUGAAGAUGAAAACACUACGUCUAAAGAUAUGAUGCUAGCUGACAAAUUAGUAAAUAUACCUUUGACUAUUCCCAAUGGGGACCACAAACUUCAACAUCAAUACUGGUUUUGGUUUAGUCGUCGAUUCCCUGGAAAACCUGGUAAUACUCCAAGUUAUGAUCAAAAUCUUAAGUACCUUGCUAGAUUUGGUUCAGUAGAACAAUUUUGGACAAUAUAUAGUCAUAUGGUGAGACCAUGUGCAUUACAAUCUCAUUGUGAAUUUCACUUAUUUAAAGUUGGGAUCAAACCAAUGUGGGAGGAUGAAUCAAAUGCUAGAGGAGGUAAAUGGGUAUUAAGAAUACGUAAAGGUUUAGCAUCUAGAUGUUGGGAAAAUUUGAUACUCGCAAUGCUUGGAGAGCAAUUCAUGGUAGGUGACGAAAUAUGCGGUGCUGUUGUUUCCUUAAGAUUCCAAGAAGAUAUAAUAUCAAUUUGGAAUAAAACUUCUUAUGAUCAAGGAGCAACAAAUAGGAUAAGAGACACUCUUAGAAGAGUCUUAAACUUACCACCUAAUACUAUUUUAGAAUAUAAAACACAUAAUGAAAGUAUUAAAUCAGUGUCAAGUGUUUACAAAAUGUAAGUGACACUAAAUAAAAUGUGAAUUAUUAAAAAAACUUUAAUUAAAAAAAAAAAAAAAAAACAA